AUGAAGCGAAAUAAUAGUGGAUUAUUGGCAAAAUCAAUUUUUAAUCGAAAUCGAUAUAAUAAAAAUGAAAAUGUUACCCAUGAUAACAAUAGUUUUGCUGUUGAUACGAAAAAAUCUCGUCCAAAUAAAUCAACUUUAAAAGAUUCUUUUCGUAAAACUUCAUCCAAUAAUAAAAUCAAGAAUAACAGGAAGAAGGUGAACAGCGCAAUGAUUGCUUCUACGACCACAACGCCGCCAGAGUCAACAACAGUUACAAAUAAACUUAUUCAAAACAAUGAAAGAAAAUCAAAUAAUUCAAGAAAACGUUUUUCCCUGGGAAAACGGCUCAAAAAAGCAACUAAGAAUUUAACUAUGGUAAAGGAAAACGAACUCAGCAAUUCUCCAACUGAAAUGGAAAAGGUGUCAAUGUUAAAUGAUAAGAGUGAAAAUUUAUUACCGCACAAACUUCCUCCCACAAUAUCAACAAUAUUAGAUGUUAAUAUUACUACAGAUUCUUCUUCACCUUCAAAAAAAGAAGAUAAAGAUUUCUUAUCCGCAACGUCACCAACUGCUCAUUCGGAAAUUAAAUCAUCAUCAAAUAUCGCAUCUCCGACAAAUAGUGGAUUGCGUUACGAAUCAUUGAUGCCUUCACCCUCAGCAAUUCACGUGAAUAUAAAUCAAAAUAAAAUUGAUUAUAAUGGAGCGUCCGAUUCUUGCGAGAACAAUAAAAAGAAAAAACAACGACCAAAAAGUGCUAACGGAUUUCUUUUUUCUACUCAACAACUGGCUUAUUCUUUCUUUAGACGUAAUCGUAAUCGUUCUUCUUCAAUGUCAUCAAUUAAUCAAGUCUCUGAAGUGCCUGAUGCAUUAUCAUCUAAAUCACCAGGGAAUACAAAUCAGCAAUCGGAACCUAUUUUAACAUAUGAAAGUUUUCCAGAUCCGAAUUCGGAGGACUUUAUUGAUGUUGUACGUUGGGAUUUGCCUGAUAAGAUAUCGGCUACCGAAGAUGCUGGUGGUGUUUUACAAAUGAUCGAGUUUGAUGACAUUUUUGUUAAUGGGAUCCGGGUUAAUUGA